AUGGCUCAGGACGUUACUCAGAAACUACAAGGCGAUAUCAAGCAACUCAUGGUACUAAGAGGAUACAGUCUCAGCAUCGAAGGCGACAACUGCACCCAGGCUCUGCUCAGAAGGCAUUUUAAGGCGGAUACGAUCUGGGACACAUCUCCCUGGCGACACAGACUCUCCCUGUGCUGGUGGACAUUGCGCGCGAUGGGGGCCAAGGGAGUACCGCCACUGACUUUGGACGACAAUGCCGAACUAUGGGAGCUUCACCAGAGUUUGAACAACCUCAUCAUCUCACCUCGAAGCGACUCCGACCUGUUCAAGUUCCGACAACUUAUGGAACUUGCUCUAGGCAUCGAGCCCUCUCAAUCCUACACACGACUAUUGACCGAGCAUGCGCAUCGAAGGGUUCUGAGCAAGUUGAUGGGGCUUGUGGUUGAUUGUGCCAAUGUUGUUGCGACCACCCGAGCACGUCGGAUUUCUGGCUCUACAAACACUUCAACGACACCAAGAUUCCAGGGUCAGGAAGUCCAGAUUGUGGUUCCGGCCAUGUGUGUCGACGCGGAGACUGGGCCUUUGUUCGUCGCAGACGAGCGCGGUCUCAACUUCGCAUUGUAG